CUGCAUCAUGGGUAACAUCUGCCGUACCGUCGCUGCUGCCGGCUGCCAUUUUGUCGCUAAAUCCAGAUCGGCUUCCUCACUGCCGUAGAAAAAGGGGGUGAUUUCAACGGGGCUAAAUAGGUGUGCGCUGAGCGUCUAUGUGCAGGGCAGCAUGCUUUCGGCGGCGCAGUUGCUGGACGAGUUGAUGGGCAGGGACCGGAACCUGGCCCCUAAUGAGAAGCGCUGCAACGUGCACUGGGACGACGAGACCGUUUGCAAGUACUACCUGUGUGGAUUUUGCCCGGCAGAGUUAUUCACAAAUACACGAUCAGACUUAGGUCCUUGCGACAAGAUCCACGAUGAAAACCUACGGAAGAUGUAUGAGAAAAGCUCCCGCUUUAUGAAGGAGGGCUAUGAGCGAGACUUCCUACGCUACCUUCAGAGUCUGCUGGCAGAGGUGGAGCGGCGCAUCCGCCGGGGUCACGCCCGCCUGUCCCUCUCCCAGUCCCAGCCCAGCUCUGGGCAGGGACCAGGGUCAGCAGGGAGGAAUGAAGAGAAGGCCCAGGUUCUCACAGAGAAGAUUGAAGAUCUGUUGCUUCAGAUCGAGGAGCUGGGUAGCGAAGGCAAGGUGGAGGAAGCUCAGGGAAUGAUGAAGCUGGUGGAGCAGCUGAAGGAUGACCGAGAACUACUCAGCUCCGCCCCCUCGACCAUCGAGAGCUUUGUGGCUCAGGAGAAGCAGAUGGAGGUCUGUGAGGUGUGCGGGGCGUUCCUCAUCGUGGGUGAUGCCCAGUCCAGAGUAGAUGACCACCUGAUGGGCAAGCAGCACAUGGGUUAUGCCAAGAUCAAGUCCACUGUGGAGGAGCUCAAGGAAAAACUGCGCCGACGGUCUGAGGGACCAGAGAAGGAUGAGCGUGGGGAAAGGGAGAAAGAAAGGGAGAAGAGGAAGAAAGAGGAGGAGGAGAAGGAGAAGGAGCGGGAAAAGGAGCGGGAGAAAGCGAAGGAGCGGGAGAAGGAAAAGGAGCGGGAGAGGGAAAAGGAGCGAGACCGUGAGCGCGAGCGAGACAGAGAAAGAGACCGCGACCGGGACAGAGACCGGGACCGCCGCAGCCGGCACAGCCACUCAAGCAGGACAUCGGAGCGGAGGAGGAGCCGAUCGCGGGAGCGUGACAGGGAGCGGAAGCGGAGCAGGAGCAGAGAGAGACGGCGUAGCCGGGAACGCUCAGACAGGAGGCCUCGCUCUCGCAGCCGAGACCGGAGGCCGAAGCACCGGAGCCGCAGCCGAGAUCGGGACAGGGACAAGGAUCGGGACAAGGACAAAGACAGGGACAGGAGAUCCAGAGACAAAGAACUCCGAGGCAGCGACGAGAAGCGGGCUGGCAAGAAGCCUCAUGCCGAGGAGGGGGGGGGCACGGCGCCGCUGAACGGCACCACCGAAGACAGGCAUUCUGAAGGUGACACUCAGUCCAAUUAAAACAGAUGUGAUAGGACCUGAGACCAGGCCCAGGUAGGUGAACCUACCCGCCUCCUCUCUCCCUCUCCUUCCGAUUGGCUUGUUUUUUUUUCCCUCCCCCUUCAUUUAUUGUAGUGCGUGUCUGUUUUCGAUGGUGCAGCGUAAGUAUACUCUGAAGACUGAAGUAGCUUGAUGAGUAACGCAGACCCUGAGCUGGAGGUACUUUGGCCUGUCCGCCGUCCCCUCCCCCCUCAUACCGGUGACGCUUGUUCCGCUAGCCAGCAUUUGUCACGAACCCCGACCCAUGUCACCUUUUUAUACAAAAAAAAAAUAAUCUGAAGUUGUCAUUGUGAAAUCCUGCUGCAUUUCCCAGGUGAUCCCGAAGUCUAAUUACAGUCUCGGUUUGUUCUUCGCACCCAUAUCCCCCGACAUAAAUGUGCUGCUUCACCAUCCUGCGCCCUAAUGCCGUUUGUCUCGAGAGUGCAGAGCUGUAGCGUAAUUAACUUAGUGGUCGACUCCUCUUCUUCACCCAGCGUUGGGUCCACGAACAUCCAAAUAAAAAAUGGAUACUGUCGGGCUGUACAGGUACCUUCCGGGGAAUCCGUCUACGUCCGUGUUUAAUGCUGUCAACUUACUGCAUAGAUUUUUUUUUUUUGUGUGUGUGUUUUUUUUAAUUUAAUUUAUAUUUACUUCUUAGAUUUCUGGACAUUUCAGAAUUUUAACUAUAUCCCACAUUUAAAUCUAAAUUUGUGUUUGGAAGACCUCUUUGUUAACUUGAUUUCCCCUUGGGGAUUAAUAAUUUGUGUGUUAGAUUUCUGAAGUUGGUCAAAUCAGUGUAGUUUUAUUGCUGUGAUUCUCAGUGCUGCUCCUGCAGUUGUCGAUCCAGUCUGACCUUAAUUAGCAUCAGGAGUUUCUUAAUGGCCUAUUAAUGAAGGCGAUAGCUUGUAAGCUGGGUGGGAUUGACCAGCAGUACCCUGGUGGGUGGUUCUCCGGGAGCAGGAUUGAGAAACACUGGCUUAUUGUGAUUCUGAUGAUGUAGUUUGACAAACUGAGCAGCAGAGGGCAGCAUGGCAGCUACAGUUGGAAAACAUUCAACAUCCAACUUGUGUUAUUGUGUAAUAAUUAUAAUGUUAAGUUUAUGCCUGAAGCUUUCAAAUUCACAAGGACCGAUAAAUGAUUGUUGUAUUAUACUGCCCUGCCAGGCUUAAUCUAUUUACUGUUGAAUUUUAAUGGCAGUACUACAGGAUAUAUUAUAUAUUGGGGUUCCAGUGCAUGAUGUUCUGCUAGAAGCUUUCUGCUGUAGCAUUUGUACAGUUUUCAGCAUUAGCAUGCAGUGUAUAAUUAGCCCUCAGCUUCAUUAUGCUGACUGUGUGGGGAAAAUUGCAUUUUGAAUCGAAGUCCAGAAUACUGCAGAAUGGUGUGCAGGACAAGGCAUGUUAGGGCAGGGUUUUGGACUGCGUGUCUGUGUGUGCGCCUUGCACGUGCACGGCGUCCCCGUUGCACUAACCCACCCCUCUCUGACCCUCUCUGCACAUCAGGGGCAGGCCGCAGCAGUGCAUCCAAAGAGCCGUCUGUCUCGACUGCGCAAGCCCGUCACGUAAAGCGAGGUGAACAAUGGCCGAGAGUAACAAAACAAACAAAAAAAUCUGUAAAAACAUCUGUUUGCCAGAGUCCAUAUGUUCACUUGUUAUGUUUUCCCUCAAAAAAAAUGGUUUGUUUUCCUCCAUAAUUACGGCUUCAGACACCAGCUGGAACUACACAACGUUUUGAUACUCAGCUAUUUUCUUUUUUUAGCCAUGCUUAGUAACUGAAACCUGUACCUGUGGCGUGUUUGAUUUCUGUCCCUGGUUCUGCUCUUUGAACUUUGAAGUACCUGUUUUUAUACACCUGUCUGAGCUGGGUAAUUUCACAUAUGAUGCCCACCCACUUUAAAACUUGGUUUAUUUUACCUUUCAUGUAUGGUAUGCUCGAAUAGCAGGAUCAUUUUGUAUUGAAGUGAAAUUGGUUGUUUUUGCUUCUCAGAUUUUUAGGACUUGUAUAUUUGUGUCGAUUUAAUAAAACAAACGAUGUUUCUUU